CCUGGACACGUUGAGGACAAGCACAACCAUGAGCGGAACAACUUACGAGCCGGAAGUCGUGUCCAUUGAGUAUGAGCUUGCCGGGUCAUCCGAGCACAGCGGGGAAUAUGUCGCCGAGAACAUCCUAGUCGACCGUCCUCGAGACCACUCAAGCAGAUGGAGUGCGGCGUAUGCACCUAAUGCAAAACAGUGGAUUCGGCUUCGUCUCAAACAACUCUGCGUCCUGAAGACCAUCACCUUUGGCAAGUUCUAUAAAGUGCAUCCAUGCAACAUGAAGGAGUUCAAGAUUCUCGUUGGAACGAACGAAGAUCACAUGUCGGAGGUCCUCCAUGCGGCUCUCAAGAACGACGUCACUCCCGAGACCUUCUCUAUCAGGUGUACAAACCGCGCAGGGAUGACAUUCCCCACAAGAUAUGUGCAAAUUGUGCCAAUAUCCGUUCAUGGACAGAACUACAACACCUCUAUAUGGCAUGUCUCCUUCUCAGGCAUCGCCGAUGAGGCAUACGUGGAAGUCAUCCGGGCGAAGCAUCACGAGCAUCGCGAAAACGUCGCUCUCCGCCAAGUCCUCAAACACCUGAGGCAACGUCGUUUCCUUACUCCCGUACACCACAUCCUCGCCCAGUCUGGCUUCCAGCUAGAACACCCACUCGUCACAUCCUUACACGAGUCCUUCGUGCUCAGCGGCGAUUGGCGACGCGCCGAGGAGCUCAUCCGCGACUGCGCCUCCGUCGGCUUGCUCGAGAACUACCGCCAGGCGUGCCAAGCGCGCACACGUUGGACACGUAUUAAAGGGCUGGACGCGGACGGCGACGUCCCCUGCCGACGCGGCGGGCACGCGAUGUGCAUCGACGAGAUGGCCGCCGUCAUCUACCUCUUCGGCGGUUGGGACGGCCAGCGCAACCUGGACGACUUCUGGGCGUACGACAUCUUCCUAGACGCAUGGCGGCUAAUCAGCCCCGCGACGUCGCGAGACAAGAACGGACCUGGUCCGCGCGCGUGCCACAAGAUGGUGUUCGACUCGAAGACGGGGUCAAUAUACCUGCUUGGGCGGCUCGGGGACGCGGACAAGCCCGAGUUGGACACCGCGACGCGGUCGCGGGCGGGCCACCCUGCCAGUGGGAUGACGGAUGCCUCGGUAUUGAAUCUGCGGGAGGGGAACGUUGAGUACGUGGGGCGCGACCCUCGCAUCCCAGAGGCGUCGGCGAGCGGUUCUACACGCAUACCCCCGCCGCACACGGUGCUUCCGUCGUCGUAUACGACGUCGCUCUGCUCGGAGUUCUACAGGUACCAUACCCGUGGAUUGGACUACGGGCAGUGGGACCUCCUAGCAUUUGAUACGGCGGCUUCCGGAGGACCUCCGCUCAUAUCAGACCACCAGAUGGAGAUAGACAGCGAGGCCCAGAUGAUUUACGUCUUCGGCGGACGGGUGGCUGACGCCGAAUGGGAAAUGUUGAAGUUCUCCGGCCUGUACAGCUACGACAUACGGACAAGCAGAUGGAAGCUGUAUAAUACCUCUGACGCCUACGCGUCGCAACCCUCUAUACCCCCACGCUUCGGGCAUUCUAUGGUUCUCGAUACCAGGUCGCAGACGCUCUUCAUUUUCGGCGGCCAGCGAGACGAGAAGUACCUGUCCGACAUGUACGCGUUCCACAUACCCACCAACACCGUCACGGAGCUCUUUUCGAACUUUUCUUCCGCCGGCGGACCCGAUCCCUGCUUCACCCAACGCGCCGUGCUCGACGCCGACUCGCAAGAGAUAUACGUCUUCGGCGGUCUCACCCGCGCCAAGGCAAGCGCACCCCCAGCCCUCGACCCCGACUCCCCAUACUGGAUCUACCGCUACGAUCGUCCAGACGUCCCGGGUCGGUGGUCCAGGAACCUCGCCGACGGCCCCGCCGCGUCCUGGCCGCAGCCGCGGUACGCGCACCAGGUCGUGUACGACUCCAAGGCGAAGGCUUUGUACAUGCAUGGGGGGAACGCGGGUCUUGAGGGCGACGACCCCCCAUCCGACAACGAGGCAGAACAACGGGGGCCCGCAGUGGCCGACCCUGACGCCCGGAUGGUGUAUGCGUCUGCGAGCGGUGGUGCGUCUGUACCGACGCCUUCGCCAGCGCUCGCGCCCGUGGCGGAUGCAGAUGCGGACAUGACGCGGAUGGACGACUUCUGGCGGCUUGAGGUCAUUCGGCCAACACAUGAAGAGAUCACGCGGCGGGCACUCUUCGAAGUCCGCAAACAACAGUUCCGGGAGAUGUGCGAGGAUGCGCCGUCCAUCAAGGCGCUCACAUUCCUGCAGACUCGCGUCUCCGCGGUCGUGAACCACGAGGACGCAGAAGAGGCGAAAGCUUUCCGCUCGCUGCUCUCCGCGCACCUACUGUCCGCAUUCCCGCGCGGUGCCCCGCAAACCGAAGAAGCCUCCGGCGUAGAUGACGAAGACAGUCCGCCGCCGCGCAAACGGUCGCGGCCGAGUUCGCCGACGCCAGUGGUGCGAUGGGAACAGGACCCGCUUGAAGAAGGCGGGAACGCCCCGUCGCCAGAGCGGUUCCGCCAGCGGACGGAGAUGUUCGAGCGACUGAUGGCAUUCAUCAACGAGGAUUCAAAGCAGCCGGACCAGAAUCUCGUGGAUAUGCUGGCUGAAGACACUCUCGUCAGCUAGGCGAUUCUUGUUUUCCCUGUGGCGUAGAUGUGGUGUUGCGGAUUGCGCGACGCACGCAGGUGUGUUGGCACAUUGGCUCGGAGGGAUGUAGGAUCGUGGUAUACCAGACAUUGAUACAGUGAAGCGAUAUACAUGUACAUUUGUAGCAGAGCGCCUUUUCUUGUGUCUCAUUCGUCGAGGUUUAUGGCGCGCCCGAACUUGGCGUACAGUGUCACCUUGAGGGCCUUCAUCUGCUUCUCGCAUUCCUGCGCGCUCGCCGUCUGCUUGUCCAGCUCUGCGUUAAGCGCCUUGAGGUCCCGCUCGAGCCUUUUCAUCGCGCGUGGAUGGGGCAGGUGAAUGAACGCCUCGCCUAUCCGGUAGAUGAUGGGCUGGUCCUCGUCUGCGAGCUCAAGUUCCAUCGAGAUGUCAUCCAGGGCCUCCUUCUCUUGUUUGAGCUCCUCGAUCUUUUCCUCAAUGCUCCGCAAACGCGUGUUCAGCUUUGAGAAGGAGUUAAUCCUCUGCUGAUCCUCCCAUGUCACCUCGGCGCUGUCGUCAUGUUCUUCCUCUUGCGAAAGUUGCCAUGCGCAUGGUGGCGGCGGUCGAGCAAGAUGCGUGCACAAUUUCCUACGUAGUUUUUGGAAGCAAAUGGUCCGGAUAGAUCGCGUUUCGCGCCGAUAUGCCCAUUUAUGGGCAUGUCCGGAUAGAUAGCGCCGACCCUGUGACGGG